AUGCACGUCCUUCUCCUCGGCGCCACUGGGCGGACCGGCAGACACGCCGUCUCCGAAUUGCUGUCUCAGGGCCACACGGCGACCGCCCUCGUCCGGACAGCCGGCAGCCUCACUCCCCGUCCUGGCCUCACACUCGUUACUGGUUCGCCACUAUCAAAGUCGGACAUAGAAGGGUCCCUCUCUGCGGCGCAUUCCCUGACACCUUCUGCGGCCAUCGUGACCUUGAGUACGGUCCGCGAGUCCGAGAGUCCUUUCGCACCCCAACUCUCCCCUCCUCGCUUCCUCGCCGACUCGUGCGCCAAUGUGUGCGAGGUUCUGGUGAAAGCCGGCAUUCGUCGCAUCGUAGUAAUGUCGACCGCGGGUGCCGGGGAUUCCUGGGCGAACCUCCCGUGGCUGUCCAAGGCAUUCAUGGGGUGGACCAACAUCAAGUAUGCACUCGAGGACCAUAACCUCGUAGACGAGGAGAUUCGGUCGACGAGUAUGGAAUGGACUCUGGUAAGAGCCUCAAGGCUGGAAUUCGACGAUCCCAAGAAGCCGAAGCAGACGGGCGUCAAGGUGGAUGUACAGACGCUGGACAGCACUGGUGUCGGAAUGCGCAUGGGCGACGGCGUGAGUGUUCAGAGUGCGGCGGAAUUUUUGGUCAAGGCUGUGGUUGAUGGACUUUUCAUCAAAAGCGCAGUGGUAAUAAGAGACUGA